GUGUGAAUUAGUCGGCUUAUCUUUUUGGCGAUACAGUCGGUGCCAAAAAAUAGUUUUCCUUUCAGAAACAAAUUUAACGGUGUUCUUGAAAGCAUUGCAAUUUGGGCAAAAUCGCAGAAAGAUUUUUCUGUUCACCAAAUCCAACUGUUCAUCUCUCGUCGCGCGUGUGCAGACACAGGAAUUCUUCCGAGAGUCGGAACGCGAGUUUGAAAUCUGAUCUCACCGAAGCCAUGUCGGUUUCUGUUUCGUUCCGUCUAUUAUCCACCAAAUUCCCACAAUCUCUUCUCCACCCCAAAGCCCCAAUCUUCAAAACCCUAAUUCUGUCAACGCCACCAAUGCCUACGAAACUCUCAUUCUUUAAAUCAAUCUCAAUCCAAAGAAUACCCACCAAACCUCCUUCUUCAUCACCACCAUCAUCUUCAACCUCUGUUCCUCUUCAACCCAUUGAAGAACUCCCUCCAAAGCUCCAAGAGAUCGUCAAGCUCUUCCAAGCUGUACAAGAACCCAAGGCCAAAUACGAACAGCUCUUGUUCUAUGGUCGAAAUUUAACACCACUCGAUACCCAGUUCAAGACUAGCGAGAACAAGGUUCAGGGUUGUGUCUCUCAAGUCUGGGUCAGAGCCUACCAUGACUCGGACAAGAACGUGGUCUUUGAAGCCGAUUCCGAUUCAGUUCUCACCAAGGGACUCGCUGCUUUGCUCGUUCAGGGUCUUUCUGGUCGUCCCGUUGAAGAAAUUUUGAGGGUUUCGCCCGAUUUUGUUGUGUUGCUUGGGUUGCAACAGAGUCUGACGCCUUCGAGGAAUAAUGGGUUCUUGAAUAUGUUGAAAUUGAUGCAAAAGAAGGCCUUAAAUCUAUAUGUUGAGGCUGAGAAGGCUGGUGGAUUGGGUGGCGAAAGCUCAGUUGGAAGCUCAAAUUCAAGCCCACGGAUUGAUGUUAAAACCGGGGAGUCGAUGAUUGGAGUGAGUUCUGAAGUGACCAUUGAUGAUUCGAGAUCAAAAGGUGGUGAUGGUGUUGCUUUGGGGAGUAGAGGAGAGAGAAUUAAGGAGAAAUUGGAGAGAGACCUUUGCCCUAUUGAAUUGAUGGUAGAAGAUAUAUCUUAUCAGCAUGCUGGGCAUGCCGGUGUCAGAGGAAGCAAUGGCGAGACGCAUUUCAAUGUGAAAGUUGUUUCAAAGGAGUUUGAAGGGAAGAGCUUGGUUAAGAGGCAUAGACUAAUAUAUGAUUUAUUGCAAGAUGAGUUGCAGAGUGGACUACACGCAUUGUCAAUUGUGGCAAAGACACCACAUGAGGUUGAUAAUAAAUGAAGAGUUUUCAAACAAGAGGUUUUCUUUUACUUUCUUUUUAUUCAUUAUGUCAGCCUUUUAUAUAGUGUGUUUCAAGUUCUUUAUGUAAGUGAAGUCUGGUGUUUGAUCUUCAAAGUUCAAAGGACUUGCAUAUAAUUGAGCUCAAUAUUUCUA